AUUAAGUUUAAGCGUGGCAGACGACAGAGUUAAGGAAAUCCGGUUGAAGUUGUUCGCUUGAUCUGCUGGCACUGCAGUGACAUUUCGUAGCUAAUGCACGACAUUUGUUUAUUACGCUCGUUUCAGUUUUGUGUAUAAUAAUGUUUAUCAUUACGGAAAAUAAAUGAGUUCUUUCACCUUAUAAGCGAGAUAGAUCCAUAUUUCUGUAGACUUAAAUAAGGCGGUUAUGAGGCUUCCGUAUCAAAAACUGCCUAUUGUACGAUAUUUUUCCAUUAUUUUUAAUUUAAUUUAUAAAAAUCGUUAUGGCAGAGAAGUGUAAGGUAUGUGUGACAGUGAAAAGCAUAAAUUCAUUUUUAUGAGCUUUCAAAAAAAAAUAAUAUUCAUGAAUCAAUCAUUUUCUCAUAAAUAUGUUAUGCUGGAAUAAAGCACAAAGAAUGUUUAUACGUGCAUUUAUUAAAGGAGUGCGGCUGUGAAUGCACAAAAUGCACGGAGAAAGAUGUUCAACAAUGUGACAUGCACUUGCAUGUAGAAAUAGAAAAUCUACGUCAGCGCUUAUUAGAAAGAGAUAAUCAUAUUAUAACAAUGGAGACGCAAUUUUUAAACGAAGCUGAAAAAUUUCCCAACGGAGAAUUGGCUUCGAUAAAAGAAGAAAUUCUUAUUUGGCAAGAAAAAUAUCAAAGGUUAUAUGAGGCGCAUAAAAGAGUUCAAAAGGUCAACCAAAAUCUCGAAGAUAAAUUACUCAGAAUAGUAGAUAAAUGCGAGAGCGAGAAGGGUACCUUCACAAAAGAUAUAGCUACGUUAUCGCAUCGGUUGGCUGAUGCAAAUUAUACUAUACAUCGCUUGACGCAAGAUAAUGAAAGGUAUAGAAAUGAUGUGAAUCUGGCUAUUCAACUACUUCAGUGUAAGCCUUCCAAUUUUGUUGGACAAAAAUAUGAUUCGCUGCCCACUGAAGUGCAAGCCAAAGUUCAAACAUAUAUUGCCCAUAAAAGAUGUUCGAAAGAUUCAUCACCGCCCAAUAUGAAAAGCAUAAUAGUACCUAUAUCAACAUUUCCUCCUACAGCAAUGGUUUAUAACGUAUCUAAGCAAGGAGUUGAAAAGCAUAGCGAUGAAGAUGAUGUUGAGGAAUCUAAGCCUCCCGUUGAUAUUGUGUCGGCUGCUAUUAUGGCUAAAGUAUUGGAAGAUAGAGAAAAGGAAAGAAUUUUUGCUAAACACUGUGAUACGUGCACAUGUCAUAAAAGUAUUUUAUUGGUCGAUGCUGAAUGCCAAACGGUAAAUAAUUCUGAUGCUUGUAACGAAUGCACUUUGAGACAUGUACAAAUUGAAGAAAAGCAUUCGGAAUAUGUAAACAAAAUUAAUAAAUCGUUUCAAUCUAGAAGUAAUCAAAAUUCUAAUGCAAAUUCGAUCUUUCAAAAACAUGGCCAAGAUGCUAUUGAUAAUGGAAACAUCCAUUUUCAUAAUAACAGUGAUUGUACAAAGUAUUCUAAUUCCAUGCAGUAUUUAUAUAACGUUAAAGAUAAUAAACUUGCUAUCAAAAGUAAUAAAAGUUUAGCAGAUUUAAGGGAUGAUAAUAAGAAGGAUUCAAUGCGUCAAGACAAUAUGGAAAUGCAUAUGCAGGCUGAAGUAAUAAAUAACGAUAAGCAAACAUCUUUAAAAAGCAAUAGAAACACUAAUAUGUCUUCUAAUAUAAUAACCAAUAUACCUACUCUUUCUACUACAUCUGUUACCUUUAAUAACAUUACAUCAACUAAUACUGCUAUUAACAUUAAUGGAGAUAAAUCAAAACAAACACGAACAAAUAGAAAAUCUGAUUUUCUAAUAGACUCAAAAUCUAAUACAAGCAAUUGGGUUAAAUAUGAAAAAGAAACUUCUUCGUGUUCUUAUACUAUGUCCGAAAACACUACAAAAUAUUUUAGCAAUAAAGAACAAACACAAAUAGACAUUAUUAACGAUAGAUUAUGGAAAAAUGAAUGGAUAAAAAUAAAAUCAGAUACGAAUACAAAAGAUAGAAAUAAUGAUAAUAUUACUAACGAUGCUGGAAUAGAUAUUAUUAAUAGUAGAGAUUGGAAAAAUAAUAGAAUGUGGACGGAGCCUCAAAAUCCUGCCCAUUUAACCUUGAUUGAAGUAAAAAAUAUAGAUAACGUAAUGGGUCACAAUGACUGUAGACAAGUGGAAAUAGCUACUAGUCCAAGUUUUAGUAGCGACAGUGUUGUCAUUUCAACUUCCGAUCCUCCUAGUAGUUCUAGCGAUAUUCUACAAUCUUCUAGUGGAGUACAAUCAAUUAAUUCUGUGAAUAAUCAAAAAUCUAAUUCACAUAAUCAUACGUUAGGUUCAAGAUCCUGUCUUGUACGAUUAACACAUGGAUCAAAGAAUGUUCUAAUAGAUAAUGAUGGACACUGUAAAGCUACCUUAUUUACAAACGCAAAUAGUAAACCAAAUGCAGCUUUAGUACAUACAAAGAAAGCAAUUACGAUUGGAUCUGAGAGAUCACCUGCUAUUACUAGCAAAAAACAUUCAGUUCUAUUACAAGAUAGUAAUCAAUUACAAAGAGUAGCAGAAUGGGUUCAAUCAUCUGUUUGCAUAGAAAAUUCUGUACAAAAUAAUUUAAAUGGAUUAAAAAUUAGUGAUAAUAGUGGAAACAAAGAGGAAACCUGUUUGUUCACGUAUGCGAAUGAGAAGUCUUCUAAUCAUAAAUCUUUUCAACUACAUAGCAACCAAUGCCACGAUAUAAAUGAAAAAGAAGAAUUAAAUAAGGAAAUAGAUGGUAAUAAAGAGAUAGAUUCUUUGCUCCCUGUAACAAGUGUUGGUAGUAUGGUGGACGAUAAGGACAAAGAUUUAAUUACAUUUGAUAUACCUAAUGAAGAUGAAAAGUCACAUUCAUCCGUAAAUGAUAAAAAUUCUAAUGAUAAUAGUUAUGAAGUUAAGAUUACAAGAGAAAUGGAAGAAACGUAUUUAAAGUUGGCAGCAAGUUUAGAUCCAGUCACGCUUAGUUUAUCCGAUGCAAAUAACAGUGACAUAACAAUUGAAAAAUAUAGGAAAAAUUACAAAAGGCUUCAUGCCCAAAGAUCUCACGAUAAAGUAGGAUCUAUGACUUAAGCAUUUUGGCUGUUUUGAAAGAUUGCUACUUUUGCAGGAAGUUCCUUUAAUGAUAUCAGAGUCUUAUUUUUUGUAAACAUGAUAAACUAAGGCUGUACCAAGUUGAGUCAUUUAGAAUGGAAGUUCUACAUGUACAUGUCAAUGCAAAAGAUUAAAUAAUUUUUUGAUUUAAGUAAUAGAUAAUAGAUUCUUAUUGCAUAUUAAAAUCUGGAAGGAUACCUGAAGAGAGUGUCUUUGUAUUAACUUCGGCCUAUAGCAUUUACUUUUCAUAUUAACGGAUAGUACUGGAAAUUAGAUACAAAGACUUAUAGAACUAUAAAUUACUAAAAUAAUUUUUACAAUGUCGCUGAUAAUUGUUAUUCCUUAUAUUGAUAUCAUAAUUUAACAGAAAUAAUUCUGAUCUCUACUAAUUACUCAUAAACUGAUUUGGCAUAAAUAAAAAUAUUAAAAAGGAAAGGAAAAAAGAAAAAAAAAAAAAAAGGAAAAAUAUCUUAACGAAUAAAAAGUUACAAAUUAUUGUAUUAGUGGUACAAUACUACUAAUAUAAGAAUUUCAAAUAUAAAAGAUUAUUCUAUAUUAUCAGGCAAAGCGAUUAAAAGAAAAAUUACUAACUCACAAACAUAAUGCCGCUGCUAAGAGCUAAUCAGUAAAGCUACCAAUAAUGAAUAAGUGAUGGAUUGUAAAUGUCGAGCAGAUGGUAAUUAUCCUUGCACAAAGUAUCCGUUGCUAUCCAGCAAUCAAGAUUAUUGUAAUUAUUAAAUAGUAACCAAUAAUUGCUAAAUCUAUAUGUUAGCUAAUCUUAUACUUUUUUUUCUUUGAUGCUGCACUAUUAUCAUUGGGAGGCACAAUAGUAAGCAGGUCAGUAGAAUCUACGGGACCUUGGGCUAAUCGCCCCACCCCCCCUCACCCACAC